AUGACUUGGAUUGGGGAGCGGUUCUGGCUCCCUGGUUGCCGUGAGAGGUGCAUCUGCGACGGCCCUUCCGACUUCCGCUGUGUCCCAGCCAGCUGUAACCUCGGCCAGAAGUGUGCUGCGAAGAAUGGGAAGCUAGGCUGCCAUACACGGUGGGGAACCUGCACAGUCACUGGGGACCCUCACUACUUCACCUUUGAUGGGGCUGUGGCGCAUUUCCAGGGCACUUGCGCCUAUGAGAUCUCCAGGACUUGCCACCCCUCCCCUCCCUUCUUCUACCGGGUUGUUGCAGAGAACAGGCACCAGGGAAACCCGCAGGUGUCUUUUGUGAGCCGAGUGGAAGUCUGGCUGAAGAAUGAAACGCUGAGCUUUCAUAUAAUCCUAGGGAGUGGCCAAACAGCAGAGGUCAACCAAGAAAGAGUGCAACUACCCCACAGCCUGGGAGCCCUGGGUGCUAUUUCCAAGGUCAAAAACAUUGUGACAAUAAAAACAGUAGCCGGUGUGGAGAUCCAAUACAACGGCCGCCACACACUCUUUAUCCAUGCAGGACCAGAACACCAGGGGAAACUCUGUGGAAUGUGUGGGAAUUUCAACGGCAUCCGUAGAGACGAUAAAGUCCUGCCUGAUGGAAGCAGAGCCCAGAAUGACUUGCAGUUUGGGAAUGCCUGGAAAACAGAUAAAAGCCCAAUGGGGUGCUUGGAUGACACUGCAGCACUAGAGCCAUGCAAAGAUCCCCAGGAAUAUGAAGAGGUCUGUGGGGCCCUGGUUAACCAAUCAGGACCAUUUGCUGAGUGCCACUGGCAUGUGGACCCUUCUCCUUUUUAUUUGUCCUGCUUAUAUGACUUGUGCCACUAUGGGGUGGCUAAUGGCAUGUUGUGUGUGGCCCUCAGCGCUUACGAGGAACUGUGUCUUCUUCAUGGGGUCCACGUCAGUGGCUGGAGAGCAGCUGCCCGGUGUCCCGCAACGGACCCCUGCCUUGACUUGGCAUGCGGAGACAAUGAAUGGUGCGGCGAUAAGAACGGGAAAUGGGGCUGCUUCUGCCACAGAGAUUAUAGCCCUGCCAAACGGGCUUCUUAUGAUUACCGGUUGACAUGCGGUGGCAGCAACAGUGCCGUGUCUCUCUCCCGCUGCCUGCUCUUCGCCGAUGGAUUCUCCGCUGAGGAACUGCAUUUGGCAGAUCCCACCUGCGCUGGCACGCUUGUCGGAGACAGGCUUCUCUUCUACUUUGAUACUGUGCAGAAGACCUGUGGGACCACAAUGGAGAUCAACACAACCCAUGCCAUCUACUUCAACACGGUGGAGGGCCGUGUGGAGAACACCUACGGAGGGGUGAUCAGCAGGGAUCGCUUUCUCUUCCUGCGCUUCUCCUGCGCCUACCCGCUGAACAUCAACCUUUCAAUGGCAUCUGCCAUCCAUCCCAUCCAGGAGUGAGUUCGGCCGGAAGGACAGGACAGAGAAGCCAAACGCCCCACAAAUAUUCACAUC